GUCGAUGCUGGUAAUCAGGAUAUCAUUUCCCCAGCGUCCCCUACAAGCAGCCCUAUCAUACUACCUCUACCGGCAGCUCGACAGCAUCCCCUUUACCCCAAUUGGCAGUCAUUGAGCUGAAGAAGCUAGAUCAAUAAAUGGGAGUAUGUGGUCGCGAGUAACCCUUCCAUUCCAUCCGCAUAACAUCGUGGAUAACCAUCUUGUCCACCAUAACUUACUCGCUGUCAUCGCAAUCCGCGGCUCUCCACCGGUUAACAUGAGCAUACCCCAUUCCUUAACUCACCUAACUUUAUCCACCCCACAGGAAAUGGGAGGCAAUUUCUCCACAAUCCCGAUCCCUUAACACUUAACAGCCUUUGGGGCUUGCGAUCCCGAGAAUCUCGGGCGAUUAAAGUUAUUUUAACAACCAGACACUCGGUGGGCGUAUCACACCGCGGUAAACGGUUUCAGGUUGGGUUUUGGCUGGAAUAACCUCCCAUGUGCAGUGCUGUACCGGUACCGCCUCUACACCAUCCAUUCGCUUUUUCACGGAGAGAGAGAGAGCUCCGCUUGCACCUCGACUUAACUUACCCUUGUACUCAUCGUAACCUACGAGCCUCGACUCAAGCCGACACUCCUCUCCGCUUCCUGAUCUUCUUCCGGGCCUGUAGGGCCAAUCCUUUAUCCACCCCUCCAACCACAACUCCACCCACCAACGACUGUCAUUCUUUCCAUCCCGACGAUCCUUGGCCACUUGGUCUGCCUGCUUGCCAGCGCUGCCCUCCCUUCAUUUCUCAGACAUCUCGCUGUCCACACACUCUGCACCACCACCUCCACCACCACCACCACUGCCACCGAUGUAAGUUGAACUUCUCUGCUGUGUAUUUUUACCUACCGGUACCUUUCGCUUCUACACCUUUCGUCAUCAUCUUGCAGAGGAAGGGGAAUAGAAAGAAGGGGGGGGAAAAAAGAAAAAAAGAAAAAGAAAAAGAAAAAAGGAAUUCAAGACCCCUCCCUCCCCUUUCCCCUCCUCCUUUCUCUCAAAACUUCUAUGAUCCGGUCUCUCCAACAUCGAUAAACUGUUUUGCAUUUCACUAAAGCUUUCAUUCCGAAGACAAAAAUUUAGGCUCUUCCAACCGCCUAACAUUUCGCCCCUCGAAAAAAAAAACUACGUGCGUCGCUUGAACUUGCCCGGAGGGUAUCGCAGCCCCCCGCAACACAGUACAAAUGGAACGAAUGGAUAUGGAUAUGACAUCGCUCUCCUCGAAUCUCCCCAACGAGAACCACGCUCCCGAGGAUCCUCCAGACCCAGAACCUGGACCAUCCUCAACUCUGCUUUUACAGGCCUUUAAACAGACGGCUCUAUCCGUUACCAACCUCUACAAGGCCGCUGCCAACGAGGCGCAACGUUCACGCCGCGAUGGAAGGGUUGAAGGUUACCAAGAUUGUCUGGAGGACUUCCUGGUUUUCAUCGAUAGGAUCGAGAGCCGUGGGGACCAAAAGACUUUGGCAAUGUUACGGCAAUGGGCUUUGGGGAGGCGAAGGAAGCUAGCUCCAGGGGCAGGAUGGAAGCCGAGGCAUAAGAGGGAGGACACUGGUAUGGAGGAAGCUAUGGACAGCGAUGAGAUAACAACACCCGUUAACACCGACGCCGAGCGGGCCGAGACGCCCUGUGUAACCUCCCCUUUGUCGGAUCAUCAACUUCAAGCCGCCCCUCCUACGGUUCCUCCCCUCGCUCCCCCCCCUCCCCAAGCUCACACAGCUCACACCCAACAACAACCAUUCAAUCCACUUUCCCGGAGAUCCUCCCCUACUCACUCCCGUCAACCAAACCCAGGUUUUUCUUUUCGAUCGAAUCUAGACCUUCCUCGCCACAUCCCACCAUCCCCCGCGCUUGGUAUCAGUGAACAUCGUUCGACUGAUGUGGACCUGAAUUCUCCGCCGACUUCGCCAAAUCUCGCCGCUCAGAAGCCAAUAUUCCACGGAAUCUCGGCUAACUCUGGGUCCAACCCUGGCUUCCGGGGGGUGUCUAGGAGCCCGUCCACCGCAGCCAUGAACAGGAGCCAAGGCACCAAGAGACGAUUCGGAUCUAUAAGUGACUUUGAUUUCUUUGAGAUGGCUGAGCUGGAAAAGAUGCAGAUGAACAGCAAGAGAGGUCGUCACAACCAGUAGCCCGGAGAGCAUGAGUAUGCCAGACACAAAUUACGUAUUGGAGUGGUGGUUUCAUUUGGGGGAUGGUAAGCGGAGCGUUAGGAGGCCUAUAGAUUGCUUGCUACUUUUGUCAUGUUUUCAUCCCUCUGUUUUAGGCCAUAUUAUCAUUGUUCUCUUUGUGUAUUUCUCUUUUCUUCCCUUCUCCCUUUCGGCUUCUGGUGGUGUGAUUGCAUCUUUACAUUGGUUUCAAUCUUUCUCUCCCGAGCUGCUUCGGGCAUGGGCGAUAGACAGCGGGGGGCGGCGGGCGGUCCACUGCGCCAACAAGGCCCACCUACCCGGACCCUGGAAGCCCAUGGCGCCGAGAAGGACGUUCUUUCCUUUGUCUCAUUCGAGCCUGCACAUUUUCCCUUUUACCAACUUUUCAUUGCACCCCUUGUUCAUACUUUCCCCCCCGGCGCUGUGCUCCCCCAUACCGUUAUUGACGGCCUACAUAUUAGCCCCUCUCUAUCUUUCCUUCUCUUUUUCACUUUUUUCCCACCGAAUACUCCCUCUGUAUUCCCAUUAAUCCUUUUCCUUCCGGGGCGCCGCUUUGCAUUAGCAUCAUUAGAGGUUUGGGUGGUUGGAUUGUGUGUUGUUUUACGCCUUGAUAUGGUGUUCGUAUUCAUAAUUUGGUGUCUGGGUUCUGUUAUGUAAAUAUGCUGUGAUAUUUGGGAAGAUAAUUGUGUGCUC